AGAAGCCUCUCCAGGAAAACACUGAAAACAAAAUCGUAGCGUUGCGAAAACUUGCUUAAACUGACCGGUUUAUUUUUACUCCUUUAUUCCCUUUGACAAACCGGAUAAACGCCGAAAGGUUUCAGUGAAUGGCGUUCAUUACAGCUUCUUAAAGAGUCUUAACUGUCUCACUAGACUCGGCAUGCGAGAGAAAUGAAAUGGGAAAAAUAACGGCAGUCCUUUUUGUAGUACAUGGGUACCAUCGACCGAAGGCCUAUAGAAGUGACAUUUAAAAUUCCUAGGUAUCUACGGUUUAUUGUUUUGUUGAGACUGAACAAGUCCAUUCUGUGUGUCCUGGACCGAUGUCUCAGAAAUCCCAAAGCAGCGCCACCACAAUGGAGUGUGAGAUCAAAGCCAUUUCCAUCCAUGUUGAUGCAAGUCACAAACAAGUCUACAGUGACAUCAAAAAGGCCAGUGUAUUCCUCACGGAGAUGUUGCAGAGUGAGAUCCAGAGAACCACGGAUCUGUUCAAGUUAAUCCGCCAUUUGGAGGAGAGGGCGGCUGAAUGUGAACAGAGCCGGUCAGAAUCAAACCGGCAGCUGAAACUCCAGGUGGAUGAACUACAGAAACAACUGAGGGACAGAGACAUCUCCCUAACACAAGCCAAACAGAACAACGCUAUGAUGAGGAAUGAACUGAACUACCUGCAAAAUGAGCUGCGGGAUAUAAAGCGUGGCAUCAGUAGCAACGCGAGUACUCACAGUAGAAUUCAGGAAGUGACUGAGAAGUUGCUGAAACUGGAGAGCCAGUCCAACGUGGUGUCGGAACCCACACACCAGCACAAGCAGCUGGCCAAGGGCAGUCAGAGAGUGGUUCAGGAAGUGACUGAGAGGCGGCAGGAAGUGGAGAGCCAGGCCGAUGUUACAAACCCACAUACUUUUGGUAUUGAUGUGAAAGAAGAGGAAGGUCUUCGGCAGAACGUAUUCACUGAAAUUAAAGUGGAAGAUUAUGUUGCUCCUGAAGAAAAGGUGGCUACUGAUGGACUUCAUUUUACUCAAUCAGAUAAAACUGUCACGCUCACAGAAGAGACCAUCUGCUCAUCUAAAGAAAUCAAAGCUGAACUUCUCGAGGAAGCUGUCACACAUGGGACUCCCUGCAACGAUGGGGCUGAUGAAGUAACCAAUUUGGAAAUCCCUCUGGCCAUCGAGACAGCACAGCCUCCUGCAAAGAGAGCUCGAGCAGAAGAGACAGGUGCCAUGGUUGACCAGCUCCAAUCAUGUGCUGACAUUGCGAUCGGUUUGGAAAGCCAUCUGGCUAACAGAACAGUGCAGCCUCCGGCAAAGAAAGCUCGAGCAGAAGAGAGAGAUGCUGAAAGUGACUGUUUAAAGAAAACAGAUAUUGGCAACCUCAAACAGGACAUUCAGCGACUCCAGUUACGUGCAGGCAUUCUAUCCAGUGGUGAGGCUGACACAGUGACCCACUUUGGAAACUCUCUGCCAGACACAACAGCACAUCCAGCGACAAAUGAAGCUCGAGCAUAUGAAACGGACAACGAAAAAGAAAGACUCCAAUCACCCGCAAUUUUUCUGUCCAAUGGUAAGAAGGCUGAUGAAGUGACCGAUUCACAAAGCCAUCAACCUGAUCGAACAGAACAGCCAGCAGCAAAAGAAGCACAAGCAUGUCAAACGGAUAACGAGAAUGAUCGUGUUCAAUCACCUGCAAUCAUUCUAUCCAGUUAUGAGGCUGACGAGGUGACCGGUUCAGAAAGCCGUCUGCCUGACCAAACAGCAAACAAAGCUAGAGAAGACAAAAUGGACGAUGGGAAUGAUGAUCGACUCUCAUCACCUACUGACAUUCCAUCCAGUGAUGAGGCUGACGAGGUGCCUGGUUUUGAAAGCUGUCUGUCUGACAAAACGAAACGGCCUUCAGCAAAGACGGCUCAAGCAGAUGAGACAGACACAGCGAAUAACUGCUUGAAAACGGAUAUUAACAACCUCAAACAAGAACUUCAGGAGUUCCAAUCGAGAGAGUGUGGCCACUUGGACAUCUUGCAGACAAUGACAGCUGGGUUUGUAGAGCUUAAGACAGCUCUGUGUGAGCAGAGAACUAGCUUGACACCUGAGGGACCAAAAGAGAGAGAUCACUCAGCACCUGAACCGUCCUUCAAGAGAGAACCGAUUCAGCACACAGAUGUGGCCUUGCUUGAUGUCAGCCCUGAAAAGCUUAACCUGUUAUACAAAAGGAGUUUCGGCCAAGUGGGAAGAUAUGGAUGCCUGGUUUUCCGGUCCAUCAUCUCGAAUGAGCAUUACAAAGUCUGGAAAAAGACCACCAACUGGGAUGGAUCAAGGGGCAAGAAGGCCCUGCCUAAGAAUGUGAAAGACUUUGUAAUGUCGGCUGUGCAGAGGAGGUUUCCUAAGCUGAAGUAUAAAGACAGGAAGGUCUGCAUCGAUAGGAUCAAUGAAUACCUCCGCAGACCACGGAGACACGGAAUGAUGAGAGAGGAAGUGAUUCCUCCCAGCGAGGGGUCUGACCAGGAAAGCCCUCUGGAUGACAGAACGACGCAGCCUCCAGCAAAGGCCGCUGAAGCAGACGAGUUGGGUGCUGAAAAUGUCCGCUUGAAAGCAGAUAUUGACAGCCUCAGACGAGAGCUUCGUCAGCUCCAAUCGAGAGACUGUGGCAACUUGGACAUCUUAACGGCAAUGAGAGCUGGAUUUGUAGAGCUUCAGACGGCUUUGCGUGAGCCGAGAAGUCAGUCAAAGACUGAGAGACCAAAGCUAAGAACUAGAAGUCAAUAUGCUCUGAACUCCACAUGCAUCUCGACUCCAGACCAAGAUUGAGAAAAUGUCUGUGUGGGCAUGCUGAUGUGACCUUGCGUGAUGUCAGCCCCAAAGACCUUGAGGACUUGCACGUACAGAGCCUCGGCCAAGCUUGCAGAUUCGGAUGCCUGGUUUUCCAGUCCAUGUCAGACGAGCAUUACAGAGUCUGGAAAAAGAACACAAAAUGGAAUCGGGAGAAAGCUCCCUUCACUUCAAGUACAGUUCACUGCGACAUGAAUCCAGUUGGACCUGUGAGUUGGACAUCCCUAGGGACGUCCAUCAAACAAGCUGAUUAGGCCACAUGUCCAAGUAACUCGCCUAAACUAAGGGUUUAAACCGUAAAGGUUUGAGGAAUUCUGCAAGCUACCGGAAUUAUUUAUUUAUUUGUUUCUAAACUUUAUUAGCAAUUCAACGAACUGCAUGCAAGACUAAUUUUCGUUAUUUUUCAUGUUCAUAUUCAAAUUGUGUGGUAAUAGGCCUAUACCUUUGUUUUUAUUUGAACUUUGCUAGCGGCGUGUUUUCACAUUCCGUUAAUUUUCAUAUUCGAAUUGUAUAAUAUACUUUGAGGUUUCACGCUGCAUAAUGCAUUAAAAGCUGAAUAUUGACAUGGUGUUUAUGCAAUAAAACUUUAGGAUACUUAA